AUGAAUAGAAUACAAAGAUACCGUCAAGAUCUUUCAUUGCCGAAGCACACGAAGUUUGCAGUCGAGCACACUGCGCGGCUGCUGUUUACGAUCAUCAUCCUCGGGUUAGAUGCCCACAUCAUCCAGUCUCCUGCAGAUAACAUUCUGGUGUACUCUAUAGCACUUGCCGCCUUCACGAUCCUAACGUGCACGUAUUAUAUCGUACGUCUAUGUACAUCUACAACAACGCACAACAUCAAGAUCUCGCUAGCAAUACACCUGUUCAUGAGCUUUUUCUGGCUAGUCGAUACUGCAUUGAUCGUUGUGUUGAUCUCGCAAUGGGGAGAAGUAGAUCCUACAGCCCACGUCAAAACGUUUGUCGUAAGGGUUGUUAUAGGAGCCUUUGAAUGUUUACUCUGGCUCAUGCCUAUGGCUGGUCUCGUACUCGCCGUUGUCGACAAGAGAGAGCAUAUGUCUACCGAUGAGCAGAUCCCGCUGCCGCGAUCAUAUGCCACCACCUCCAGGCCGACACCCAUAACGCCAACCCAACGAGCCGAACCAUGGGACGAUAUGGUAAGCCCACCUCCCAAAAGAGUUUUCCAGCCGUUACUUCCUGAGAACUAA